GCUAUGAAAAAAUCGAUUGAAACACAAAGAAGAUAGGCAUCAAAAGAUGCCACGCUUUUGUUACAGGCUUCAUCUAUCUCUCGACCAUCCCCACCGCUUCCUCUUCGCAUACACCUCCGUCCUCCUCCCCAGCACCACCACCGUCACCACAAAAUCAAGAACACCAAUUCUCAGUAUGUCCCUAUCAUCCUCAUCGUCACUACCAUCAUCAACAUCACCUUCUACACAACAAGACCCAGACCAUCAAAAGCAUUUGUUAACCGAAGUCCUGAAAUACCACGACCAGACCAAACACUCCUUCACCAACUACGCCAGAGGCCCUCGCGGCCUUGACUGGGCCAACCAACCCAACCCAUUUCGCCGCUACAUCUCUGCCCCUCUCAUCCCUCUCCAACACCUCCCAAUAGACGAUCCCAAUUCAUCAACCAUUGACACUCCACCGUACUCCUCUGUCUUCAACUCUCUUCCAUCUCCGAAACCCAUCUCCAAAUGCACCAUUUCUCAGUUCCUCUACGACUCUCUCGCUCUAUCAGCUUGGAAAACAACUGGGUUUUCAACCUGGUCGCUUCGCGUCAAUCCCAGCAGUGGCAAUCUCCAUCCAACGGAGGCCUAUGUCAUAUCCCCUCCAAUUGAAACGGUCUCCAAUUCGCCUUUCGUGGCUCAUUACGCCCCGAAAGAGCAUUCAUUGGAGAUCAGGACCCAAAUACCAUCUGGGUUUUUGCCCAAAUAUUUCCCAAAAGGCUCUUUUCUUGUAGGGUUUUCGUCCAUUUUCUGGCGUGAAGCCUGGAAAUACGGCGAAAGGGCGUUUCGGUACUGUAAUCACGAUGUGGGUCAUGCCAUUGCAGCGGUUUCGAUGGCCGCCGCGGGGCUUGGUUGGGAGGUGAAGCUUUUAGAUGGGUUAGGUUAUGUGGAUUUGGAAAAACUUAUGGGUCUUGAAUUCUUUCCGGAGUUCAAAGUUCCGGCAAGACCAGUAGGGGGAAAGCUCCCUGAGAUUGAAUUUGAGCACCCGGAUUGUGCUCUUGUUGUUUUUCCAAAUGGUUCUGGUGGUUUUGAUGUGAAUUAUGAGGAAUUGAGUCUGGCAAUAUCGGAAUUUUCAAAAUUGGAAUGGAAGGGAAAGCCUAAUUUGCUCAGUAAAGAGCAUCUUUGUUGGGACAUAAUAUAUAGAACAGCAGAGGCUGUGAAGAAGCCAUUAGAGGUAGAAAAUAAGUUGAUGGUUGAUCCAUUUCAGAGUAGUUCGUUGUUUAGUGAAGGUUCAUAUAAAGGUUUCACUUUGAGAGAGGUUGUUAGGAAGCGUAGGAGUGCUGUUGAUAUGGAUGGACUUACUGUAAUGGAGAGAGGAACAUUCUAUCAAAUUUUAUUGCAUUGUGUUCCUUCCGGUCAUCGAAAUGGAGAGAAGCAUAAGAAACAACUGGCAUUGCCAUUUCGGGCUCUGCCUUGGGAUUCUGAGGUGCAUGCUGUUAUGUUUGUUAACAGGGUUGCUGGAUUGCCAAAGGGUUUGUAUUUCUUGGUGAGGAAUGAAGACCAUUUUGAUGAUCUUAAGAAAGCUACAAGGUCCAAUUUCAAGUGGGAGAAACCAGAGGGUUGCCCUGAUGAUUUACCUUUAUACGAACUUGCAAGAGGUGAUUAUCGGGAGAUUGCCAAACGGCUUUCGUGCCAUCAGGACAUUGCUGGUGAUGGCUGCUUCAGCCUUGGUAUGGUGGCUCAUUUUGAACCUACGAUGCGCGAAAAGGGUGUGUGGAUGUAUCCUCGAUUGUUUUGGGAAACUGGAAUUCUGGGCCAGGUGUUGUACUUGGAAGCGCAUGCAGUUGGCAUCUCUGCUACUGGAAUUGGCUGUUUCUUUGAUGAUCCUGUGCAUGAGGUUCUUGGACUGAAAGGGGCAAACUUUCAGAGCCUGUAUCAUUUUACAGUUGGAGGUCCAGUUCUUGACAAGCGGAUAAUGAGCCUACCUGCAUAUCCAGGCCCUGGUGUUGAUGCAUGAUUCAGAUAACAUCGUUAACCUAAGCUGACCUAUUUUUCAUCUUCUCAGCACAGUUUCAACACAAUUCCAAUACAUCAUUACAUUGAUUGGACAAAUGCACUUUUUCCAUAUGGUUUAGUAUUUGGUAAGUUCUUGCCUGUAUGGCUGUAUUGUACAUCUCCUGACUUACUACUGUAAAUUUUCUUUGAAUUUUCCUUCUUUCUUGUCCACAAUCAAAGGGUUAGUUAUUAUUAUUAUUAUUAUUUUUUUCACAAUACCUAAUAUUAGUUAAUUUGUAAAUUUGCAAUGCAACAAGGAUUGCUGCUUAUGAGCAUUGAUUGUCAAGUCAAGAAGAGUGGCCUUCAUGCAAAUUUCUUAA